UAAAACAUUAAAGUGGUGGACAUAUCAUGUGCAUAUUUAUAAUUUUAAAUAAAAUAACAACUUUGUUACUAAAUUUUAGUGAUUUCAUAUUUCCCAUAGGAUUUCUGACUCUCUUGUUCUCCUUCCUAAAGGUCUUUCUUUCUUUCUCAUUUUUGGUUGUUGUGAGGCAUGGAAGGAGAUAGAAAGAUUCUGAUGUUUCUAAGCAUUUCACUCAUAAUUACAUUUUUAUUCUACUUAGUUCGUUUCCUUUUACCUUCCAAUAUUGUCAUAAAGAAGAGUGUUGAAACUUUGCUGGGCAUGGACUGUACUUGGGAGUGAGGAGGGGUGAGAAAGAACAAUUCUCUUCAUUACUACAAUAAUGUUUAUAUAAGAGGUUUGUUAGUUUUAUGAAACACCCCUUAAAAUGUGUCAUAGACAAAUGAUUUAUCUUGAAGCUAAGGUCAGAGAAUGUUGGGGAGGGGGUGUAAAUUAUAAUUGAUUAAUGUCUACCUGUUAAAGCCAGCUUGUUCUAGCUUUGCUUAAUGUGCUCAAAGGUAUGAAAUGGAACAUAAAAUUGAUUACUGCCUGGACUUUUAAAAUAUUUGAUAUUGUUUCAACAUUUAACAAAUUUUAAGCGAAGACUUCCUUUGCUGUACAAGUUAAAUACCUUGAAUAAAAGAAAAAUCUAAUUGUGGACUUACUAAGUGCCAAGAAAUAUUCCAAACACUUUACAUGUGUUAUUUAUUUCAGUCCUCACAGCACCCUGUUAAGCAGGUACUAUCAUAGCCGCAUUUACAGACAAGAAGUCUAUGGCACAGGCAGGCUUAGUCACUCAUCUAAAGACACACAGCUAUUAAAUGACAGCUGGAAUGUGAACCCAUGCGGUCUGGUUCCAUAGCCCAGGCUCUUCAUCUUUAUUUACAAUCCAUCUUUUACAGCCAAAACAGCUCAUCUGUUUUAUUAUAAAAUGUACAUGGUUAAAAUGACGUCUUUAAUUUGAAGUUCAGUCUAAUCCUAAAUUUUAAAAAGAUACUGUGAAUUAGAGAGAAGUGUUCUAAAGUAAUCCCAGUAUCAGGAACUGAAAUAACGUCAAACAAGUACGCUUUUCAUCCAGAAGCAUUGAGGAGCCCGUUCGUUGCGCCUCUAGUUUGUCUUGUGCCUUUACAUGUAUGUCUGGGCAGCUCUUCUCAAGAGACUCUCAUUCAGUAAAACAUCUUGCAAUUACUGUGUGAUUUAAGAAUGGAUUCAAGGGGUUACCAAUUUCCUAUAAUAUUAAUAAUUCAUUUUGGAAAAUAACCUCCCCUGUUUGGCAGCUGUUUGCUAUCUUCUCUUCUAGUCCACAUCCUGUAGAUGGAUGGCCAAGGAGUGGUGGAACAAGGAGAUACCAGGAAAUGAAGUUGUAGAAUCCCGGGCUGCAGAUAUAACGGGAUGCACCACUGUGCCUACCAGGAAAAUGCUUUUAUGCUUUUCGUGAAAAUAGUGAGAUGGCAGAUAGGUACUUGGGACCUGCUGGUAAUGAUGGCCUGAGCUAAACACCUCCUAGUUUGAAGGGAUACCCUUCCGUGUCAACGAACAGAAUGCUGAGGAAGCUAUGGCAAGUGAUUGGAGUUGUGCUUCAAAAAUUUCAGCAGUUCAACAGUAUUUAUUUUAUCUGCCAACAAUAAGCUCUUUACUUGAUUGCACCAUGAAAAAGCUGCUAAUGAGACUUGUCGAGCACAAAGAUGAACUUGAAGAACCAAAAGCCAUUGUUUUCAAAUGAAGAAUACUGAACGGUUUUAUGCCUCGAUGCUUUUUAAUCACCACUGAGAUUGUCCCCAUAACAUCAGAAUGGCAAGCAGGCGAAAAUCAACGACACCCUGCAUGGUUCUUGCCAGUGAACAGGAUCCAGACCUGGAGUUGAUAUCAGAUUUGGAUGAAGGGCCCCCGGUACUUACGCCUGUAGAAAACACCAGAGCGGAGAGCAUCUCAAGUGAUGAAGAAGUUCAUGAAUCUGUGGACUCUGACAAUCAGCAAAAUAAAAAAGUUGAAGGUGGCUAUGAAUGUAAAUAUUGUACUUUUCAAACUCCAGACCUAAAUAUGUUUACUUUUCACGUGGAUUCAGAACAUCCCAAUGUAGUGCUAAAUUCAUCCUAUGUUUGUGUCGAAUGCAAUUUUCUUACCAAAAGGUAUGAUGCACUUUCUGAGCAUAAUCUGAAAUAUCACCCGGGAGAAGAGAAUUUUAAGUUGACUAUGGUGAAACGAAAUAACCAGACAAUCUUUGAACAAACCAUAAAUGAUCUGACUUUCGAUGGUAGUUUUGUUAAAGAGGAGAAUUCAGAGCAAGCUGAAUCUACAGAAGCUUCUGCUUCGGGAAUAUCUAUCAGUAAAACUCCUAUCAUGAAAAUGAUGAAAAAUAAAGUGGAGAACAAACGGAUUACAGUUCAUCAUAACUCAGCUGAGGAUGUCCCAGAAGAGAAAGAGAACGAAGUCAAACCGGACCAUGAAGAAACGGUGGAAAGUCCAAGUUCUUCAGCUUCUGAAUCUAAUAGCAGUACUUCCGUUGUCAACAGAAUACACCCACACGCUGCCAGCACAGUGGUCACCCCAGCGGCAGUCCUUCCUGGACUAGCGCAGGUGAUAACGGCUGUGUCAGCCCAGCAGAACUCCAAUUUGAUUCCCAAAGUCUUAAUCCCCGUUAACAGCAUCCCCACCUACAAUGCUGCGUUGGAUAACAACCCCCUUUUGCUUAACACCUACAACAAAUUCCCUUACCCGACAAUGUCAGAAAUUACUGUUCUCUCUGCUCAAGCAAAAUACACAGAGGAACAGAUCAAGAUAUGGUUUUCAGCCCAACGUCUAAAACAUGGUGUGAGCUGGACUCCCGAGGAAGUAGAGGAGGCAAGAAGGAAGCAAUUCAACGGGACAGUACACACUGUACCUCAGACCAUAACUGUUAUUCCUACACACAUUUCCACAGGAAGUAAUGGCUUACCAUCCAUUUUACAGACAUGCCAAAUAGUUGGUCAGCCAGGCCUGGUCCUUACCCAAGUAGCUGGAACAAACACCUUGCCGGUAACAGCACCUAUAGCCUUGACAGUGGCAGGGGUGCCAAAUCAAACCAACGUACAGAAAAGCCAGGCCCCGGCUGCUCAGCCUGUCGCAGAAACAAAGCCAGCAGCGGCAGCAGCUCCAGCUUCUCAGCUUGUCAAACACGAAACCGCACUGGCAAACCCUGAUUCGUUUGGCAUUCGGGCAAAAAAGACUAAAGAGCAACUGGCAGAAUUAAAAGUUAGCUACCUUAAAAACCAGUUUCCCCACGAUUCGGAAAUUAUCAGACUGAUGAAAACCACAGGCCUGACAAAAGGAGAGAUUAAGAAAUGGUUCAGUGACACGAGGUACAACCAGAGAAAUUCAAAGAGUAAUCAGUGCUUGCAUCUCAACAACGAUUCCUCCACCACUAUUAUCAUAGACUCCAGUGACGAGACCACGGAAUCCCCGACUGCUGUCACCUCGCAGCAUAAACAGUCCUGGAAUCCUUUCCCUGACUUUACUCCCCAAAAGUUUAAAGAGAAGACCGCAGAGCAGCUUCGGGCCCUUCAGGCAAGCUUUCUCAACAGCUCCGUACUUACAGAUGAAGAAUUAAAUAGGUUACGAGCGCAGACCAAACUCACCAGAAGGGAAAUCGAUGCUUGGUUUACAGAGAAGAAGAAAUCGAAAGCUUUAAAGGAAGAGAAAAUGGAAAUAGAGGAAAGUAAUGCAGGUAGUUCCAAAGAAGAAGCCGGAGACACUUCUCCCGGAGAUGACUCUGGUGCGCCUAAGUCGGGGAGUUCAGGCAAGAUAUGUAAAAAAACACCCGAGCAGCUGCACAUGCUCAAAAGUGCGUUUGUCCGAACACAGUGGCCGUCGCCGGAAGAGUAUGACAAGUUGGCUGAAGAAAGCGGGCUUGCUAGAACAGACAUAGUUAGUUGGUUUGGGGACACCCGUUACGCUUGGAAAAAUGGAAACUUAAAAUGGUACUACUACUAUCAGAGCGCCAACUCCAGUGGCAUGAACGGUCUGUCUUCCCUGAGGAGAAGGGGCAGGGGCCGACCCAAAGGAAGGGGCAGGGGUCGGCCGCGCGGGCGGCCCAGAGGGGGCAAGAGAAUGAACAGCUGGGACAGGGGACCGUCACUCAUCAAAUUCAAAACUGGAACUGCAAUCCUUAAGGAUUAUUACCUGAAGCACAAAUUUCUUAAUGAGCAAGACCUCGAUGAACUUGUUAACAAAUCACACAUGGGCUAUGAGCAGGUCAGGGAGUGGUUUGCAGAGAGGCAAAGAAGAUCAGAGUUAGGUGUAGAAUUAUUCGAGGAAAAUGAGGAGGAAGAUGAAGUUAUCGAUGAUCAGGAAGAGGAUGAAGAAGAAACAGAUGACAGUGACACUUGGGAACCCCCUCGACAUGUGAAGCGGAAGCUCUCGAAAUCAGAUGACUGAAAUCUGCCUAAACGUUGGAGGAGAAUCAAUUCUUCAACUCAAGAUUUCUGAUUUACUGUGAAUGGGCCCAAUGUUUGAUGACACUGAAAAUGUUUUGGGGCAUGCACAUUCUCAAUAAAUAGGAUCCCAUGCCCAAAAGAAAUGGAACUCAAUGUUGUGCCAAAGUUAAACUACUGCGGUUGGUGGACGUUCUGCAAUGUAAAUAGAAUACUAAUUAAAAAACAACUUGUAAAAAUUGAAAUUUUAAUACAGUACAUUUUUAUUCUGAUACAAUGGAGACAUUCUGAUUCUAAGACUUUCGGAAGGGGUUUUAUGACCACUAGAGCUUGUCCUCAUAUUUUGUCCAGCUUAAUACUGUAUGUCUAGUAAGAUGGGCCUUAUUGUCUGUAUUCUUUGACAUGUGAUUAAGCUUAUAGCUUUGAGUGACCAAACAUAUUCCAGAGUAAAAAUUGUUAGAAACAGGCAAAAGGAAAAUCCUGAUUUAUUUCUAUGUCUUAUUUAUCAAGUCAUGCACGAAGAUUAAAAGUUGUGCAUGGACUUAUACAUUUUCAGUGUAAGUGAAAAAAUAGACUAUUGACACAUGUUGGAACAAUAAGAUUUUAUGGUAUUAUUGGCCCUUAACGAUUGUAUCUUUCAUUUGAAUACAUUCAUGGAUACCACUAUAACUACUUGUAAUACUUCUGUUAUUUUUCAUUAGAAGCCGAAUUUACUUUUUAUUCAACUGAAGAUGAUAAUGAAGAAGGAAAAGAAACUGGCGUAAGAAUUUAGAUAGGGUGAAACUCAAAUAAAUACUGUACCAAAAAUGUGAAAAAAAGAAUUAUAUAGUAAAUAAAUACUUACUGUUUUCUUACAAUCAUGGAAAUCAGAAAUGUUGUACAGGUGUCAGAUCGGAAUUUUCAAGAAUUAUGUUUCAGUGAAAUUCUACUUUGUGUAACAAUGUCAGUGGAGAAAAAAAUUUGGAACUGCUCAUAAUGAGUUAAAAGUUAGCUUUUCACUCAUGAAUCACAGAAGCGUUAACUGUUAACUCUUGCCAUAUCAGGAGACUGAAAGUUCAUGCUCAUGAUCUAUAAAGACCGGUGCUGUUCAUUCAUGUUGGGAAGGACCCUUUCUUUGUGACUAUUGGACCAUUUUUCAAAAUGUGCUUUCUUCAUAAAAGAAAUAUUCAGUUCGAUUAGCUUUGGAUUUUUAAAUGGUUCCCCCCCACCCCCCACCGAAUGACCAGAUGUAGUGGGCUUGGCCAGUUUAUCUAAUUUAAUGAAUAAUAAAUAUUAAGCUCUUGUUUUUACCUAAAUGUUUGUCAGCUAAUGAAAAUGUUAUGAAAAAGCCUUGAAUAUGCAUGCUGCUUUUCAUUUUUAUAAACUUUUUAUUUUUUAACUAUAGCUUUAUUAGUAAUUCCAAAAUGCUGCAAUUUAGCUGAUUUCUUCACUCAGACAGCUGGCUUCGUGGGUGGCUUUUUCAUACUACUGUUAACUUUUUUUAAAAGAAGCAAUGUAAAGACUGUAACAAUUUAAUGCACUAAACUGUUCUUUCUUUUACAUGUUUAAAAACUUCUUAAAGUACUCUGUAUUAUAAUGAUUAAAUUGCUCCCUUUUUUAAACCAUUGCUAAUGUGGUCUGAUUUUGUUUGUCAAAACAUAAUUUUUAUGUUUUCAAAAUUCAAAAUGUCAAAUAUUGGACAAGUAUGAAACCUUUGAAUAUAUUUGUUUCCCUGCAGCGUGUUAACUUUGUAUAGCUGUAAAUAACUAUUAGUAAUGUUCCCACCCCCUGUCUCUUUUAUAGACUUGGAACUUAAUUCUGCUCUGAUGUUUGCUAGCUUUUAAAUAUAUUUAUUUGACAGCAAAAGAACCCUCUCCUGGUUGAUUGUGUCCUUGAAUACAAAAUAAAAGUUAGCAGUGAUUAGUAGUUUUCAG